UCUCUUGUGGGAUUUGUAAAAGACGACGAUCCGUCGUUUCGAACGUUCUCGUUCCAAACACAAUUGUUCUAUGAAAACUACGCAUGGAACUUCGUAGAAGAACAUUGAGAACAGGUACUAAGAAUGUUUCAGAAAGUACGGAAAUGGCGGGUUCUUCUCAUAACGGUGAAACAGAGAGUUUUUCUUCGGAAUCGAGCGCGGCAGAAAAUUCUUCUUUAGAAAGGCUAGAAAGAGAGAAGAGCAAGUCGAGUGAAGACAUGGUGGCUUCAGACUCCUCUCCUAAAGGGCGUUCUAGCUUGUUUCGGAAGUUUCGUAUUUACCUGUCCUCGUUAGUGAAGAGAGUGAAUGUUCGAGAAAGUACACAAAGGUCCGUUCAAGGGGAGCACUGUGAUUCCUCUAGAGAGAGCGGGGAAGAGAAUACUCCUAGGAGGAACUUAUUUGAAGACGAGUGGUUGCAAACUUCGGAAUGGGAGCAAAGUAACAAGUUGGAGUCGCAGACGAGCGACCACACCAAGAACGAGCACUGGGAGGAAGAAAACCCAUCGCAAACAGAGCCUAAACAGCUGUCAGUACAAACAUCCACCAGAGGGGUAGGAAGUUAUGACUAUCACAAAGCUUUGAGUGGGUCCAGCCUUGAAGAAAGCGAAAGAGGUCAGAUCAUAACUCGGUCUCGUGGAAUGCAAACACCAGCAAACAGUGAACAUACAGAGACGACUAGAGAAGGAAACUAUUUAUUGAAUAGUGCAAAAUCUGAAGCCAAGGGUCGAAGAAAGUACACCAGAGAGUCUUCUGGGAAGCGGCCUCAGGAAACUUCUCAAAAACCAGUAAUAGUUAAAGCAAAAAAUGCAAGAAAAACAAAUUCAAGUAUUCAAGAAGCAGCUCGAGUUCACGACGACCAAUUGUCCCAAGCUUUGAGUGAAGACUUUUCAGAGACUAUAUCUUACCAAGAACUUCGCUCUCUUUGUAAAAGGUUGGGCAUCAAGGCAACUGGAAAAAAAACUCAGCUUAUGGGAAAGCUUCGUCAUUAUGUAAAGUCUCAAGAAACAGCUUCAGAAGCAAGUGUGAGUCGCAAGGAAAAGCCUGAUUUACCAGAGAACACAGAACAGAAGAAUAGGGAAGUUAAGGGACCAAGAGAAGCAAGUAUUUCUUCAAAGUUAAAGAGAGGUCGAGACAGAGAAGGUAUGAAAGCAGAGAUAUCAGGAAAGACUGCAGAACACUCUCUGUAUUCUAUGGAAACAAUUGCUCUCGCUCGAGCAGUUUUACAACAUCUUCAAAGUCAACAGAGAACUAUAAGUGUCGAAGAGUAUGAAUUAUAUCAGAAUAUAUUGAAAAACGCAGUUCAGAAACCUUCAUCUCAACUUGCCAUUUCCGAAUACCCAUUUGGUGGUGCAGUUGGCUCUUCCCGUGUGAGAAAGCGUACGAGAACUCCACCCUCAGAUCCAAAGCGACGAAAACGCAACCAGCCAUUGAGCACUAUGAAGAUAGUAGAAGUCUCGAUAGGGGAAGAUGUUGAUUCAUUUUCAUCUCAACCCAUUCGUCAGCCAAGUUUGAAGCGUCAACGAGUUUACUCCAUGGACGUGCUACCUUUUGAAAAAGUGGACGAACACUCUCCGAAAAGCACUCCGAAGUUAACUCCAGUUCCUGUUCGUCCGACUGUUUCAAGGCAAACGGAGUUAACUGGGAAUCCUCUUACUCCAGUAGAUGUUGUAAGAACUUUCAUGGGUUCUAGUGCCACAGAGAUUGACAAGAAAAAGUCAGAAUCGAAGCCAGAAGGGUCAGAACAAGGGAUAUCUAUAUCAGGUAGUGCGUUUACUACUCCGAUAGUUUCAACAAACAGAAAUAAUUCGCAGUCAAGUUCAUUUGUGUCGCGAAAAGGGACUCUUUCAGAAAAUAGAUACUUCAGAAAGCAGGAUACACUACAGUCGCAGCCAUUGUUUUCAGGCAAAAGUGAUUGGACCAAAACAGCAGAUAUAAGUGGUUUAAAAAGGAAUUGGGACAUAGGGAAGGAACGCAUCUAUGAUUUUCGGAAGAAUAUAUCACCUACACCAUCUAAAGCUUCAGCAAGUGAUACUGCUAGGAAAAUUCUGGAAACCUUGGAAAGAAUUGCGGGUAACAGUGCAGAGAGAAAAAAGCCACCGCCAGUCACUUUAGAUUCCUUGAGGAAGAGACAUAGGACAGAAGAGCAGAAUCGAACACAGACAGAAAGCAAGCUUUCACAGGAUUGGAAUGAUAGUUGUUUAGAAACUGGAAGUAUCCAUGCCCAUCAUGAGAGUGGGAGACAUUCUAAUGAGAACGUUAAAGAACCCAGACCGGACAACCAUUCGGAGCACACAUUAGAAGACCAAGGAUACAAUAAGGAGUUUAGUGUCAAUUUGGCCAAGGAUCUAUUCGCAAAGCAUAUCGACACAACUUCCAGAAAGGAGGUAGCGAGAGAAGUUGAAGACAAAGCCGAUUCAACAGAAGAACCCUCAAAUACAAUUCGCACAUAUACGAAGAAAAGUAACGAAGAGCAGUUCGAAAGUCAAACUCCACAGCAGAGUUAUUCACAGCACUUUCCAGUAAUCUCAAGUAUAACAAAGAGUUUGAUGAGCGAUAAGAGUAUAGAAAAUAUGGUUUCUUCCCCUUCAGCUAAGGCAAACGAUAAUAAUUUGGAUUGGAAGACACGAGAAGAGUUGAAAGAAAAAGAUAACAAUUUGGACUUUCGAGAAAAUAAGAAAACAGAAGAACAUUCGCGAAGUUCGUUACUGACGAGUUUUGAUAGUGUCGACCACGCAAGACCGAACGAUAACAACAUCAUUGAACAGUCGGAGAAUCUCACCGAUAAUAACGCAUUUCAGAAGAAUUCUGUGUCCGUCAUCAAUGAAGCAUCAUCUGCUCAUGCUACAAUUGAAGCAAGAAAGGAACAAGUUCAAGAUUCUGAUACGAAGGAUGAUAGAAAUAGUACAUGGACCAGAACGAACGACGGACAUUCCAAAAAUGAUAAUUUCAUUCAAAAUCGUUUGGAAUCUCAAGGUGAGAGUGGACAGGAUAACGAUGAAAAGGAAGAGCAGUCUACGUUCUUCACUACUUCUCAUGCGAAAGAUGACAAAAGUAGUUUCCUCACAGGCUCUGAAACAAAAGGUACUUCAGAUAAUCAAACAGUUGCUGCAACUAUGACAAGUAGUUUCUCAUAUACUUCUCCUUCUAUGGGAGAAAACUUCUCUAUGUUUAGCAAACCAAGUUCUUUUCAAGCCAAUAUUCUUCCGCAGUCAAGCAGUCAUUGCUUGGUACAAACAGGUUCUGCAACUUCAGCUGCAUGGUUCGGAAGCACAAUCGGAGAACAUUUCAAAGCAAACAGCAGCCAAUCAGAAAAUGACCGCUCAACGUUAGAGACUCCUUCUGAAGCUUCAACUGCUGAAC